UAGUUUACUUAUAACCCACAACGAAUAGGUCGAAUUUGAAUUUUUGUAAAUCUGUAAUCUUCUAAAAGUGUGAUGAAUGUUAAUUCAAAUCUUGAUUAUCGCGUAUAGUCCAGGGAGCGCUAAUGAGCAAUCCAAUGAGAGACCAUGACUACGAAGACUGCAUCACAGGAAUUUUUGCAUGUUAUGUUAUCUAUACUGUGUAACAUUAUUUUGAACGUUUGAACGAACAUUUUAAAUAUCCAAACUGUCAAAACGAAGCAUAACAUAUUUAAAUAAUAUACCUUUUGAUAAUGUCAUCAAAUUAUUUUGAGAAAUUAAAACUUCAAGCUCGUCAGCUUGAUGAUAAUAUUGAAAAGUUAAGCACGGCGUGGAAAUUGCCACAACGUUUUAUUGGAGGGUAUGCAAAACCUACCAAAGAAACAAAUGGUCACGUUGAAGCUCUAUGGAAUACUAUAAAGAAUGCACAGGUCGAAAAGGAAGAAAUAAAAAAGCAAGUGGCUAACUACAGUGGAACACUAGAUAUGGAACAAUUUCUACAAGAAUUAACAGAAGAAUAUAACCAUAUAAAAGCACAGUGUGAUAACUUAGAUGUUGUUCUAGCAGAAUAUGGUUAUCGUUAUAGUGACAGCGAUACCUUGGACCACAAAUACUGGAGGUUUACGUUACAACAGAAAAGUAAUAUUGAACUAUCAGGACUAUAUUAAUUUAAAUUAUAAUUGCUUACAAAAUAUAAUUUAUUGUGUGCUACAGAAAAUAAGUUUAAUUUAGAGAAGUACAAAAACAAUAAAUCAAAAAUAUGACGAAUAUCAAGGUAUAAGAAUUUCUAUUUCUAUUUUGAAACAAUGAAAUCCUGUAUACCAUUUUUAAAUGAAAUGCAAAAAAAAUUAUGUAAAAAUUAACAAUUUUGCACACAGCAAUUUGAACACAAACUGGUUAGUUUCAUUUGGUUUAUAUGGCAUGAAUCUAGUAUUUGGUUUCCUCGUUACUUACUAUAUUCAAUGUUAACAAAGAUAAUUCAAGCGUAAGUAAAAAAUAAGUUAUUCUUAUGUUUGUGAAAGCUGGUUAUAUGACCAGCGUUUUUCAUUAUAUAUUUUAAUAUAAAAAAGAAGCACUGGAUUAAAUAUCUGUACAAAAUAGAAAAAUCUUAGCUAAACUAUUAGCAAAC